UAGGACGUCCAGAAGAGGGCAAGUGACGGUUCAUCCCUGUCUUCCACAUUGACCAAUUGACAUUAUUUUACGACAAUUGAUACAGUUACCUAAUCGAUAGCUAUUAUGUGGCGGCUAAAAAGCAAUCUUCGGGCUCUUCUUCACCCACCCCCGAAUCUACGACAUAUGAUUCACUUCGGUAAAAGAUUAGAACCUUAUAUGGAUAAUAGUCAAGAAAGCUAAGUGAACAAUGAAGAGAAAAAGUACAGAAAACUUGAAGAUGUUCGGCUUCUCUUGGAAAGUUGUAUUUUUGUUUUUACUGGGAGUUUCAUUUUGCUCGAUAGCCUCCUGCACUACAAAUACGAGCAGGUCUAUGAGAGCUCUCAAGGGACGACUUCGAACAUCUUAUGCUUCGUGGCGCAUUGUGUUAUGCUUGACGCAAUCACAAAGCUCUUUUAAGACAGAUAUUCAAAAGGCAUGGGAAAAAGCAAGGCUAGAGUCAUCUCAUGCGGAUAUGAAUGUGUCCUAUAUAGAGGCACCACCAAAGAUAGAUUCACUGUCAUAUCCUCUAUCGUUACUGAAUAAAUUCUGUACUGAAAUUAAAAGUGGAAAGACAGUGUUGAGUCUCAUUAUCGGAGGAGGAUCAGCAGCCAGAUUUCUUGUGACAGCUGCAGCUGCUUUAAAUCUUCCAGCACUAUGGCUACCGUUUACACAUGAAGAUUUUCUUCGUCAGGGAAAUCUUGGGCAAUUUGAAAGUCGCAUAGGCUCGAGUACAAAAGAAGUAGGGGCAGCUGCAGCUGCUUUAAUGCAUAGGGCAAACUGGCAUGCAUUUACUCUUCUCAUUGAUACCACUUUACUCCCAGUUGCUCAUCUUUUACAAUCUAAUCAGCCUACCUUAACACCGAGAACAAUCAUAUACCUUCCAACAAAUGACAAGACCUUAAGAAUGAGACUCAGACGAGUAGCAGAAGAAGGAGGAAGUGGUGGAGUCAUAGUGAUGGCUUGUGAUUUGAAUAAUGCACGAAGGAUAAUUGCUGCUGCUGGUAAAUUUGAAAUGCUCGCGGGAAGAUUUUUAUGGCUCUGGCUAGACCUUAAGGCAGAAUUAAGACCUAAUGAACCAAAUAUAAUCAGUUCGCAUAUUAUACACAGUUCGAGAGCAUCGAUUGCUACAAUUGAAAAUCCUGUGCCAAUAGAAAACAUAAAUCAAAACGCGAACCUUAUAUCUGAAAACCAAUUAACGUUACAUGCUUUACCAAGUUUAGCUAACGAUAUACAUCGAUUACAAGAAUACAGAUGGCAGAAUGAAAAAACUGUAGUUAACAAGGAAGAUAAAAGUUUUAGUUUCGACGACGAUGAAGAGUUUGUAAUGACGGAUAAAGAAUUAAAUUCGAAAGAUUUUAUGCCAGUCGGUAUGCUUGCAUUGAGACCUUCUGGCCUAAAGUUAAUGGGUAGUGAUACGAUACUAUCCAGAAUGAUAAGAGAAACAUCCCAGGCUUUGGAUGAAACUUUUGUAGAAGUAAAAGCUAAGUUAAAUCGUCUAGGAGAGUCACAACUUGAAGAAAACUUUAUACCAGAAUGUUUUCCAGAAAGAAGGACAAAAUUUUUAACAAGUGAAAUGAGAAGUAAUGUUUCCAAGAUCUUGACUCAGAAAUUGAGGAACUCUGUAGGUCAAAUUUCCAAAGACAAAGCUAAAUUCCAAUUAUUGAAUUUGCAAGCAAUAAGGUUCCCUGGAAAUAAGACGCAAUUGAGAUGGACCAAAGUGGGGACCGUUAAAGGUGGAAAAGAGGUUCAUCUCGAUACCAUCAUCUGGCCCGGAGGUGGAAUUGUACCCGCGUACCUUGAACAAGGCGGUGAAAAAAUUGGCAUGCCCAUGUACCGUGUCGUGACGGCACUUGCAUCACCGUUCACUACGGUAACGAACCUGCAAGAAGGUCUUUGUCUCAGAGGAAUAUUUUGUCGCCAAGGAAAUAUCGUGAUGUGUUGUUACGGUUUAAGUAUAGACUUGAUGUCCUUGGUAUCACGUGAAUUAGGAUUUCGAUACGACUUAUAUCUAGUGAAAGACGGUCUAUUCGGAAAAAGAAACGGUAGAAGUGGUCCAUGGAAUGGUAUUAUGGGAGAAUUGGUUUCUGGUCGAGCGCAACUGGCGUUCGCGCCUUUAAGCGUGUCUGCUCAUAGAGCCGCAGUAGUUGACUUCACGACACCGUACUUCUUCAGCGGAGUAAGCUUUCUCACGGCGCCAAAGCUGAAAUCCGAAAUAUCACUAUUUGCAUUUCUUUUUCCAUUCAGUACGGAACUAUGGAUUGCUGUUUUCACAUUUCUAAACUUUACUGCCAUAGCAGUAGCGUUGUAUGAAUGGUUCAGCCCCUUCGGUUUGAAUCCCUGGGGCAGACAACGAAGCAAGAAUUUUUCAAUUGCCUCUGCUUUAUGGGUAAUGUGGGGUCUUCUGUGCGGGCAUCUGGUUGCCUUCAAAGCUCCAAAAUCUUGGCCUAACAAGUUUCUAAUCAACAUUUGGGGAGGUUUUUCUGUUAUUUUCGUGGCUUCUUAUACAGCCAAUAUAGCUGCCCUGAUCGCGGGCCUUUUUUUUCAUUCAGCAGUAAGCAAUUAUGACGAUAAAAGCUUACUGCUGCAGAAAGUCGGCGCGCCGAGAGCAUCUGCGGCCGACUAUUAUGUACAAAAAGCAAGCCCACAAUUGUGGUCGCACAUGGCACGAUAUUCGUUAGCAAAUGUCGCUGAAGGUGUAGAAAGACUAAGAAAUGGUAGUUUAGAUAUUCUUAUAGCAGACACUCCUAUUUUGGACUACUAUCGAGCAAUAGACGACGGCUGCCGUUUACAAAAAAUCGGAGACACUAUAAACGAGGACAUGUACGCUGUUGCGCUUACAAAAGGCCAUCCUUUGAAAGAAAGUAUAUCCAAAGUGAUAGCGAAUUAUACGAGUACCGGUUUACUCGAUAUUUUACAAGAAAAAUGGUAUGGUGGUUUACCAUGUAUUCGAGGAAGAGAAGAUAUGGAUACGGGUCUUCAACACGAACAAGGUGGACAACCCAGACCUUUGGGUGUGGCGUCUGUAGCCGGUGUAUUUUGUUUACUUGGAAUGGGUGUUGUACUUGGUACAAUUAUACUAGCUGGAGAACACCUGUUUUACAAAUACACCUUGCCUAGAUUAAGACACAGGCCAGAAGACUCUAUAUGGCGCAGCCGUAAUGUCAUGUUUUUCUCGCAAAAACUGUACAGAUUCAUCAAUUGUGUGGAACUGGUAUCGCCGCAUCAUGCUGCGAGGGAAUUAGUUCACACAGUACGACAAGGACAAAUUGCUUCCCUGUUCCAAAAAAGCGUUAAACGAAAGGAACACGAACAGCGCCAGAGACGCAAAAGUAAAGCUCAAUUCUUCGAGAUGAUUCAGGAAAUUCGAAGAGUCCAACAAGAAGAGAAGAUCGAGACAGUGGCGGAGGAGCAUGAGAAAUUAUCGACAUUUAAGAAAGAUGAAAACACAAUCAAAGGACGCGAAAGGAGUAGAAGUAAAAGCCCUUUGAUGCCUCGAAGCCCAAAAAGGUCUGAGAAAAGUAGAAGUUCAACUAAUCUGUCGGGCUCUAGGCUCGGAUUAUCCCCUAUAAAUUUGGAAACCCCAAUGAAACCGAGAGAAUUCACACUAAGCAGCACUAAUCUCAGGGCUAGAAGUCCACUGGAAACCGUUGGACGGCGAUUGAGUCACGGUGAUGGUGGCUCACCACCUCCACGUCUUGGUUCGCACUUUGGAGGUAGUGCAACGUUACGACCUUUGGCUCCGACUAGGAGCGACUCGACCGGAACUACCACGAUUAAGAGUGAAACCGGUGGAGCUGGUGCGCCAACACCGAGAUACUCUCGAAGUCCAGCAAAACGAGGACAAUCUUUCCCAGUAUUCGCUACUUUAAGACCACCCCAUUCGUCUAGCUAUCAAAUGUCUAAGAGUCCCUUGUUAUCCCCGAAUAACGAAUUAACGUCAACCGUCGGACGAAAGCCGUCUCGUGAAUGGGGCUCCGGAACCGUCGAUCUCAGCAGAUCCACCGAAGCCGUCGGAGGCGGUUCGUCGUACACUUUAAACCAAGAAAUGACAUUGUCUUUGGAACGGCCAUCGCACGAGAAAAUUAAAGACGACGCGUUGCCGUUAAAGAAGCCUAUACGACGCGCUAGAAGUCACGAAAACAGAGACAGUGGUAAACUGAUGGCCGAUUUACCAUCGCCAAGAUUAACCGCGCAACCGGUGGUGGGAGGCCGAUCGGUAAGCGAACGAACCAAAAAACAAUUAGAAUCUGAAUUGAAAGCUAUUUUAAGUGCCAGGGCUCAUCAUCGCGACUUACAUCCUCCUUGAUAGAUCGACGCGCCGCUUUAAGAGUUCUUGAAAGCAACAGAACUUCGAGGAUCGUUGCCUCUGAGGGGCUUUGAUUGAUUUAAGCAAUAUCAGAUUUAUAGGUCAAUUUGUAGAAGAAUCCGACAAUUUAACAAAAGCCAAAAACAAAAAAAAAAAAAUGUUUAAAACAUAGGCAAUCUGCGGGGGUCGUGUAAUAACGAGAGAGAGAUUUACGAAGAACGAAGAAUCUCUUUGUCUAUUCACGUUGUUGCGUACAUUGAUAAUAUAAUAGGAUAUGUUGAUUAAAGAAAAAAGUGCUAUAAACUUUAGUAGAAAUGUCUUAACGAGUAGCGAACUUGAACGAAUACUAAAAUAUUUUCUUGUUGGCAUUUUAACUCUACAUUAACCGUCAGCCUGGGUGAGUCUCUCUUGAUUGUAAUGGUGUUUAAUAUUAUGCACUGCCGUGUUUCUCAACUUCAUUUCAAUUAUCUAUUAACAUAUUCCAUAAACUUUAUAUUGAUAUGCCUUUUAACUUUAUUUAAAAAUCAAGGUAAUUGCACGUAAUACUGGACCUCGCGCAUUCACCAAUAGAGGCUUUCCAUUUUAUCUUGAUCUCGAAAAUUGUCCGCCAUCGAUUCCUACGUAUUCAUCCUUCGACCAACCACUGAAUCUUUGCGUCUAAGGCGGGAUUUCUUAGGUUUAAACCUUACCGAAAAAUUUACUAGUAGAUUCAGGAUGAAACGCAUACAGGAGAUUCGACAAUUCUAUUGAUAGGACAAAGAUAAAUGUUUAAUAAACCGCUGGUCUACAGAAUUUUGUUGAAACGGAUAGCGUACUGCCAUUUUAAUCGUGAUCAUGGAGGGAGAGACUCGCUCAAAGGACUCUCGGCGUAGAAUGACCACUUACUACGAAGAUACACAUAAUCUCGUAACUAUCGCGCUCAUUUUGAAGAAAAAAAUGUUACAGGCGGAUGAAAUUUUAAUCGACCGAGUCAUUUUUGUACCGACCACAGGGAACUCGUAAUCAGCAAACAUGCAAGCUCAUAGCGAUUCAUUAUUCAUGACUUCACUGCGUGAUUAUCACGAUUAUUAUUCCGAAAAUAAUCUUAGAUUACAUGGUAAUCGUAUGUUUGCUGUAUCCACACGAAAGCGUACCCUUUGUCGGUUUGUUAGACUGAUAGGUGAGAAGUUUAUUCAGGAAUUGCACGCGAGACAUCGUCGGAAUUGAAAACUACUGUUAUCGAUUGAUGUUCGUAUCCUGGUUCUGUUUCUCCUAUAACGACGAAAUCCUUUCAAUCGAACGAAAGUGAUUUAUCUCUCGUUUAAUCCUGCUAUCAAACUUAGACUGUAGUGUGAAUGUGUGGGACUAAAUUAAUUUUAAAUAAUUCAUGAGCGAGGCCUUAGGAGUAGUCGAUCCGCCCAAUUCUUUACUUGAAUAGCAUUAUUGUAUUCUGAACAAUUCACUAUAUUACAAUUACAUAGAGAUAGUUAUUUAGUUUCUCGCUAGACUGCUGUAUUCGGACUUAUAAUUAAAUUGCUGAAAGUGUUAAGGAGUAGACUCUCGUGAAUGUAUGUUGUGUGAAUUUCAUUGAACGUCGGAACUUCACGUUUCAAUUUCUACAGCGAACAAGUGUUUCCUUUAGCAAUUGCGUGCACUUUUCAGUUUCAAUUUUACUGCAUGAUAACACAUGACUGCUACCGAUGAAAGUGUCCUGGAUAAUUGCAUUAAUUAGUCCGUUUUCAUUUGAAUCAUUUGCAUCAUCAACGCAUACGUAUGCGCCUACAUUAUUAUCUCUCAAAUUUUUCAGAGUACCUUACAUCUGACUCAUCGAUUGCGAGUUACAAAUGACAAACGUGUCGAUGUUUUUUCUGUGUCUUUUUCGGUUGGAAAAAUGUUUAAUUUGCGUAAAAAUUGAUUGCAAUUUAUUCAGGAAGUAAUCAAAAUACAAAUAUAGGGGGCCAGUUUAGAGUCACCCAAGCCUAAAUAAAUCAAAGAUAGACUUAUUAAAUUAAUUAUAGCUGUAAUUCUCGAUAAGUGGGUUCUACCAAUAAUUUAGUUCAGUAGUGAUCAUACGUUCUCUUUAUGAUUUGUUCCAGCGUGUAUAAUACAAAUCUGUAUCCUGAAACUCCUUGUACAUACAUGUCUUCUACUAGAUACCUGAAGAGACAUUAUUGCACUGAAUUAAAGGUUGAGCCCCCUACUUCAUUGUGCGCCAACAAGAACCUAUACAGUUGGAACAUUUAUAUGGAAAGAUUAGAGCAAAAAUAUGCAACCUCUUAUAAUUUUAUUUGUGCUAACAAAUAAAGAAAAACAAACAAGUAAUUCAAAAAUUAUUGCACAAAAUUAUCUUGUUAGUAAUAAUUAUUCUUAAUGCUUAAAAGUAUAAA